AUGACUGGAACGGUAAUAGAUGGUACAAUACGGCUUAACCAAGAGAUUGAAAUCCCAGUUUUGAAGGAGAAGAAGAAAGUGAAGGGACUUGAAUCUUGGAAGCAACCAGUCGACCAGGUGUCUGUCGGAGAACGUGCUGCAAUUUUAGUGCAACAGCUUAAUGCCGCCUCCAUUUCACGCACUAUGGUUUGUUCUCCAGGAGCUCUUUCUGAGAUGAUUUCGUGUAUUGGAUCUGUACAGGCGAUCUCUUUCUACCGUGGUACAAUAUCAUCUGGCAUGAAAGUUCACGUCUCUACGGGGUUUGAGACAGUUAUGGCGGAAUGCCAGUUCCUUAGGCCGGAAGCAGAUGAGUACGAGCAGCUGAAGACUCUCGAGAAUCCUUGCAUUUGUUGGUUGACUUUCGAACAUUCGGUCUACUCUCGCCCCAAUGCUUUUUUUAUCGCUUCGAAACUGGACCAUCAAGGGAAAGGGUGUCGUUUCAUGUUUCAUGGUAAGCUAGGUGAACCUCUCAAAGAACCAAAACUGCGAAGAUUUGUCCGAAAAGAGCGAGUAGGGAUGCCGGUAACAUUAAGCACCGGAGAAGUCGGGCGGAUAGCAUCAGCAUUUGGGAAAGGUGGAAAAGUUCGUGUUGAGUUCAAUACUCCUCUCGCUGAUACGAGUGUUGAGAAAAUUUCUACGGGUAUGGAUGUAGAAGUGCAUUUGCAUAUGAAAAAAUAUGUAGGAGAGAAAGAAUGUAUGUGUGCGAGCACGUUAGGUCGCUUAGCUCUACCACGUAGCUCUAGCACCACAUUUUUGCGUGCAUUUCGGGCUAGUGCACAGAUUUGGAGUCAGGAAGUUGGAGAUGAUGGUUUACCGAAGGAUUAUAAAGUGAAGACGUUGAAGGCAGGCAGUCGUCGCCUCGAUACAUUUGUCAAUAGAGCCAGCGGAAAAAGUAGCUCACAAGUGGAAAAGCUCAUCCUUGGCGGUCGUGUACGCGUGAAUGAAGAGGUGCAUACGAAAAAAUCAUACAACGUCCAAAAAGAGGACUGUAUCGAUGUAUGGAUCGGUUCUUGCCCUGAAAAUAAGGGACUUGCGGACGUGGAACGAUACGAGAUAAUUGACUAUGAAGUGACGGAGAAAGGCUACGAUAUCCAAAUUAAAUCAUGGAAAAAGUUCCUUGUCGAUAAUUGGAGAGGAUGA